AGGCAAGACUAAUUUUCGAUUCCGAAGAAGUAGACAAGCGUAACAAGUGAUUGGAUCACCCGAAGGAGAAAAUUUUCGCGGUUCAUGUCGGUUUUCAAUUAAAGGUUUUUCUUUGGGAUAGAUAUUUUUGCUACAACAUUUCUGAGUCUUGACUCGACGAGAAACAUAGGUUAUGGGCGUGAUCUUGCCAUUUUUAUUGGGUCUCACACUCGUGAAACACUCUACGUCCGUUCCAGUGUCUGCUGUGCCACCGUUGCUGAACAAACUGCUUAGAGAUCAAAAUGUAACGCUCGGUUUCAUCUUGAAAGGUUUACAGGGUCCUCCAGGACGUGACGGUAUCUCGGGAAUGGCGGGACCGCCUGGUCUACAAGGCCCACCCGGUGACCGUGGUGACCCCGGUGAACCAGGUAUGCCUGGUGAGGCUGGUAUGCAAGGACCUCCUGGUAUACCAGGUCCAGCCGGUCAGGAUGGUAUGCCUGGUGCCCCAGGUCUUCAAGGUCCACCUGGUCUAAUGGGAGGAAGUGGCAUGGCUGGUCCUCCAGGUUCUCCUGGUUUUCAAGGACCACCUGGUUUGCCUGGUCCUACGCCAAUCCGAUAUAACGGCACAGUAAAAUGCGAAGAAGACACGGCUUGGCUAAGGUGUAACGAAUACAAGCACAUCAGUAUCAUCUCGGCAUUCUGGGGUCGUCGUAACUUCGGUCUGUGCACGGAACACACUGGAAGUCUGCUCACCGACAAAUAUUGUCCGACCAUGCCAAAAUUCCUUACAAAAGUCAAAGAUGCUUGUGAGGGAACCACUAUGUGUGAAGUUCGUGCCACGAAGUCAUUUUUCGGAGAUACGACGUGUUACGACGUGUACAAAUACUUAGAAGUGUAUUACAAAUGCAUCGAGGUUAUUAAUGGGCACGAAGUCGUAAACGAAGACAAUCUACUCAACGCCAACUUCCUUGGCUAGAGUUGUUUGCUGCAAGUUUUUUCAAAUUAAUAACGAAGACCGUAAGCCUGUUUGUCCACGCAAGAUAUUUCUAGCAUCUAAGUUAUACUUAGUGUAAACAGGCUCUAUAUAGAUGAUUCAUAACGGAUUUUUAAUCUGGACCAAAAAGUUGUUAAUAUUGUACAACAAACUGUUUUUUCUUACAUGUCAGAUCCAACAGUGUAAAACUCGUAGCACUCUUACCUGUAUAAUUCUUAGCUUUUUCUAAAUGCGUUGCUCUAACCGCUACCUGUUUGGUCUAAUUGCACAAAACGCCAAUAGUACACUAUAUCUAUAGCGAAUAAACAACUAUUUACUCUUUGGCGGGGUUUGAGCCAGUACAAUAUGCUACUAUUUUGUAGCACAGCUAAUCAACUGCUAAUUAUUGUACUUCGUGUAAAUAACAUGGUUCUAUAAUUGAACAUAUAGCUUACGACA